AUGGUUAAAUUUUUACUUUUAUUCUGUGUAAUUAGAUUAACCUUUUCUCAAAUAUGUAGUAGUUUUUGUUUAAAAUGCAAUAAUCCACAGCUGCUAUGUGAUUAAUGCCAAGAAGGUUUUGUUGUAAAUAAUUAAAAUGGAAAGUGCCAAUCUAAUUGCAAAUAUGGUCAAUAUUACUAUUAAGAAAUAAAUUAAUGUGUUUCUAUUUGCCCUGAUAAAUAUUAUAAUGAUGAUGAGUCAUUCACCUGUAGGUAAUUAUAAAAUUGUCCUUUUUUAUCGGAGCAGGGAUUACAAUUUUUCGAUGAGUUUAGGCUCUCUGUUACACUCUAAGAUUUUGUUGUGGCAGCCGGUGUAAGUUAUUUGUAUGAAGAUUUUACCUUAAAAAUCUUUAAUGCAACUAAUGGAAAAUAUCUUGGAUACUUGGAUGGACAUGAUUCUGAAAUUAUAAUGCUGAAUGUAAUUGAAUCUACAUAGCAACUAUUAAGUAUAAGUGAAAAUUAGAUGAUUUGGUGGAAUCUUUACUAUGGAUAAAAGGACUAUGUGAUUGAAUUUGGUAAAUUAGAUGACAACUAACAAAUGUUCCAAAAUCAAAUACAAAGUAGCAAAAGAAGUACUUAUAUGUAUAAAUUAGAUAAAGGGAUUUAAAUUUAUUAUGAUGAACAAAUUAUUAUUUUAAUGCUAAAUCCAAAAUAAUUUGGAAUUCUUUAUCAUUAAAAUAUGAGAAAUCACUUAACCUCAACUAUAAAUAUAUAAUAAUUUUAGUAAUAUUUUUAAUUGUUUGACACUGUCCAUGUAUCAGCAAUAAAGGGAUUUUUUAAAAUCUAAGACGGCAUUAUAGGUAGUUAUUCUAGUCAAUAGAUUCUAACUUGGGAUAUUAAGUAAAAUAAAACGAUUAGUGGAUCUAAAGGUGUUUGCAACUUUGAUAAGUAAAUAAUACAAAGAGUAAUAAAAGUAAACGAAAAUUAAAACAUAAUAUAAUUCACCAAUCUCCCUUCUUUACAAAUUUACGAUGUAGAAUUUAACUUUUGCAUCUCAGCAGAAUUUGAUCCACCUCCUCACGAUGACAAAGAUAACAAAUUUAUUAUCGAAGAUAUUUUAGUUUUUGAUUAAAUUUAAAAAUUAAUAAUUGUUAGAACUAAAAAAUCAAUAUUCUUUUAUAAAUUGUAGAAAUACAUAGAUACUGCUAGUGACAAUAAAUUAUAUUACACAUUAAUCUAAAUAGGUGAGUAAAACUCUAAUAAUGUGUUUGUACAAAUAAUUCCUAAUUUUAAUUAUAUUUUAGUUUUGCAAUCAUCUGGGCUUUUAAAAUAUUUUCUGAUUACUCAAACUGAGGAUAGCAUAGGCUUAGAUCUUAUCGGAGAUAUCGAUUUUUAAUUUAAUUAAUAAAUGUAUAUUACAGAUAUUCACUUUCAAAAAGAAAGCUUAACCACUAUUUUGAUUGGUAAGGGAAUUAUAUGUGCUAAAUUUAACUCUGCUAAAAAUGAUGAAUUUUUUGAUUAUGAAAUUAUUUCAUCUUUAAAAAACAUUUCUCCAUAACUUAAUGGUCACAGAAGCUAGAUAAAUGGAAUUGUUAUAGAUAGAGUCUUUAAAAACAGAAUAAUUACUUACAGUUCUGAUGGGUCUUUUAAAGUUUGGUAAAUGCUUGAAGACAUAUCUCAUAUGGAUGGCUUUACUCCCAUAAAUUCUUAAGGGGGAUAUUUAGAAAAAGCUAGCUUGUUAUUUGAUUAAUAUCAUCCUUAAUGCAAUAUUAUUGAAAGUAGUAAGUGCUCUUGGGGAGUUAUAAAUUUAGAAUAAAUAGAAUAGAAUUUAAUUUUAACAUAAUACUCAGAUAAUUUUAUAAUCAUAUGGGAAUAUUAUGAAGACACGAUAUCACUUAAAUUUAGGUACAGCUUAGCCGAUGAAUCUAUAAAAUUGAAUAACUAUUAAUAUAAUAAGGAUUUAAAAUAUUUGCUUAUUUGUAGUGAGUAAUAGCUAGUAAUAUUUGAUACCUAAAACGAUGGUGAAGUUAUUUUUAAUGAGGCAAACUUUUAUCAUCGAGGGUACUUCUUUAAAGGUGAUAAAAGUUAUGAUAAUAACUAUACUUUAGUGUAUCUUCUCAAUUUAGGCGCGAAAUUUAAGUUUAUGGCAUAUUAUUAUGACAUAAAUACAUAAUAAUUCACUCUACAGAAACAGAAUAGUUUUAAAAAUCAAUACAUUUAUUCUGAAAUAUUUUCAGAUAGCGUCAUAAUUUGUGUUACAGCAAAUAAUUUGUAUUACUAAUUAAAAAAAAAUCCUGAUCACAUCAACGUCAGCAUGAAAUUUCCAAUUGUUUAUUUUACCCGUGAUCCUGAAUCAUCAAAAACUUUUCUUUUAUUUAAAAAUGGUAUGGUAGGCAUAGGUGAUGCUACAAAAUUUUAGUAUUUUAAUAUUACUAGUUCUAGCGUUACACUAAGAUGCACAGCAAUAGCUAAAAAUCCUCUAAUACUAUUUUACUUUUAAAAUAAUGUCUAUUAUCCAGGAUACAAUCAUGUAUUGGGUAUCAAUGACAAAUUUGAAGUGGUUUUUUAUUUGGUUUUUGAUUACACAAUUUCUUCAAUUAAUGUUGACUCGAAUAAUUCUAAGCUAUAUAUUGGAUUUUAAAAUGGUAAAAUUUAUCAUGGCAGCUAUGUUAAACAAUAAAUAAACACCAGAGACAAUAUCGCUAAUUUAAACAUGCCACUCUAUUCGACCUCUUUGAGAUAACUCUUUUAUAGAGGCACAACAUCAAUACUCAAGAAAGACUUAUUUACUAACUAAUUAGUUGAAUUUAAUUAGAGCGGAAAGUAAGCAGUGCAUAAGCAGAAAUUAGAGGGAUAUCUAGUUGAUGAAAUAAAUAAUUUCUUAAUUACUUUUUCAAAAGAAACUAGUACUUGCCUCUAUAGAUGGUCUCUUUAGAACCCAUAAUAAAAUUAAAAAAUUAGUGAUUCAGAUACCAAAGGCAUUUCUAGAGCAUUUUUAGAUUUAAAAGGUGAUAUUCUGAUAGGUUACAGUGAAAAUUGGCAAGAUCCAAAUAACUACUGGUUUAAUAUUAUUGUUUGGUAAUAUAGCACUCUAAAGAAGCUCUAUAUUAAUUAAAGUCAUAAGCUAUUUUUUGAAGACUAAAAAAAGGAUGAGCUUCCAGAAAAUAUAAGCUAAAUGGUGUAUACAGUCAGGCAAAUAAUUUACAUGCCUAACAAUCAAACAAUAGUUAGUCUUAAUAAUUAUUUCAAUGUCUUUAUUUAUUAUUAUACCAAAGACUAAUCUGAUUAGAUUGCAAUUAAAAAUAUAUUUAAGCUUUUUUAUGAUGACUAAAGUAAUUACCUUUAUGCAAGAAUUGUUGAUAAUCUAUCUCAAUCGAUAUAAAUUUAUGAUCUUUAAUUUAAGUUGAAAUCAACUAAAGUUGAACACACUUUCGAAAUCAGAGAUAUUAUUUUUUCAGGAAAUAAAGCUAUUAUCUAUGAUGUUUAAACUAUCCUAGUCUUAGAUAGAUAAAAUUUAUAACAAAUUUAAAAAUUUUCUACAGUUAAUCCUAAAGUUACUAGCUUGAUUGUAUCCUCUAAAUUAAAUUUAGCUAUAGUAUGGAAUAAUUUUAUGACAGAUGACGUUUUAUUCUAUAAAAUUGGUAUCUUUGAAUUAACAACUGGUAAAUCUAUUUAUGAGUUGUAGCCUUAAUCAAGUACUGACUAUGGUAAUAAUAAUUUGGUAUAUUUAGAGGAAUCAACUUGCUAACUUUAUUAUACAAGAACUACUGGGAAUAUAUAUUCUUUUAAUGUAUGUGAAUUAUAUAAUUCAGGGGUUUAUUCAGCGAAUAUGUAAAAUAUUACAGAUAUGCUCUAUAUACCAGAAUUUAACUAUCUUUUAACAAUAAAUUCGAAUCAGGCUUGCUUAACUAGAGUAGAGUCAUCUAUAAGCUCUAAAUAAAGAUUUUCUUCUCUUUAUUCUUAGAAGAAUAAUAAUUAUUUUAUGAAUAAAGCAAGUGAUAAAAUUUAUUACAUAGAUUUUGAUAGCUCAGUAUGGCAGUUGAAUAACAAAAAUUAUAACUUUGGGUAUAUUUCAUAACUCGAUAAAAUUUAAUAUAGCAAAUAUUACAACAAUUAUUUUUAUGUUGUCUCCAAAACUCACCUUUAUUCAUACGAUUUGGAUUUCAAAUUAAUUAGAAGUAUUGAAAUACAUCUAAAAAACAUUUAUUUUUCUGGAGAUUACAUUUUCUUUCAAAAUUAAAACUUCGUACUUGGCAAGUUAAAUAUUAAGGAUUUUUCUCUCGAUUCAGCUUUUUAAAUCCCAUUAAGCUAUUAUAUUUUUGACUUUUUCGUUUUAGAAUCUUUCAGUGAAUUUAUUUUUUAUGAUGGAUCAUAAAAGAUAUUUCGAUAUAAUUAUGUAACAAACUAAAAGAUUUAUGAAGAGCCUGUAUUACAACCAUUUUAAAAAGGAUAUUUCUUUAGAUAACUCAAUAUGAUUAUUCACAUCUAAAAGAACUCAGAUAUUAUUUUUUAUUACAAUUUAACAGCUAAUAUGAAAUCUUAAGAUUCAGCAAAUAUAUAUUAAUUUAAAAAUUCUGAUUUUCAAUCAGUUGCCACUUAAAAAUUAUUUUUUGACAAAGAUAAUUUAAACCUAAUUAUAAGUUAUGCAGAUAAUACAAUUAGAGUCUUCAAAUUAUCCUUAGUAGAUAAUUAAAUUUAAUCACUAACCUAAAUUAAAGCAAUCCCAUAACCUUCUGUCACAAAUAUUUUAAAAAUAAAGAUACGAAACUAAAAUUUAUAGCUAUUUUUACCAUGGUAAGUCAUAGAAUAUGACAGACAAACUUUUAUCUAAAAAAAUAAUUUCAAUAGCAGUUAAGUAUUUUAAAGUUUGUAAGACUACUCUAUCAGUAAAGAUUAUCCUAACUAUGGUUUUAUUUGGUAGUAAGACUCAAUAAGGAUGAUCAAUGUUUAACAACAAAUGAUCAUUUUUAAAUUUGAUUUAAGCUAUCCAUAGUUAACAAGCUAUUAAAUUUAAGAACAGAUCUAUUAAUUUGAUAUUGAAUUAAAAGGAAUAAGCAACGGUGUAUUUUUUAAAUACAAUUUUUUAAUUCCUAAAUAAACUUCAAUUAUAAAUCAAAAUACUUCCUAUAAAGAAUGCUAUUUCUCGGUAGGACCUAUAACAUAAUUUUACAAUUAAGAAAAUUAGCUCAACACAUUGAUUUACUCAUUAAAUAAACUUUCAUUUUAAAUUGAACGAACACUGUUAUAAAUAUCACCCUAGCUUAGUAUUUAUUAUUAAAAAGAAAUUGAUGUCUAUAACUCAAAAGUGCUGUUUGAUGGAAAAAAAGAACAAGGUGAUCUUAAGCAAUUAAAUAUCAAAUCAGACACAUUUUAUGAAGAACCCUUGAAAGAAGUUUAAAUUUAAAACUAUAUUUUAAAUAUAACUGAUAGUGGAUUUAUGACCUUUAAUAAAGCAACAAAAAAGGCAACUUUUAAAGAUUUGAAAUUUACAGGCAAUUGCAAAAACAGUACACUCAACUUUUAAAAUAUGGAUUAUGUCAUUCUAGAGAAUAUCAUUUUUGAUUCUAUAGAUCUGGAUAAUAAUUCUACUUUAUUAAAGUUGACUAACUUACAGUUUGCUCUUUUAAAAAAUGUCACAUUUACAAAUAUAACUUUAUAUCAGACAGCAAAAUUAAUUUUACUCAAAAACAUAUUCAGAUUUUUUAUAGCAAAUUUAACAAUCAAUGGUAUGAAUUUAUAUAAUCAUGAAAGUACUAGUAUAAUAUAAAUAUCUAACAUAAAAAAUGGUUUAAUAAAGGAUAGUUUUCUAUCAGAUUUAAAAUUAGUUGAACCAAAUAAUACAAAAGGCAAUUAUUUUUUAAUAGAUCUUUAAGGAAACUCAAUACUUAAUAUAAAGAAGCUAAUUUACUAAAAUUCAAGCUAUAUUAGUCUAAUCAAUAGCUAGAAUAGCUAUGAAGAAGAUCAGAAAAUAUAUUUCAGAGUACGUGAUCAAGUAAGUUUAAGUGAACUAGAUGUAUUCAACAUCAAAAAUUUAAGAUAAUCUUUGAUUUAUGCUACAGGUUAUUAGAUGAUACUUCAAAAAUGUAAUUUUUAAAAUAUUGAUUGCCUUGAAUGUGAAGGAGGUAUUGGCAAUUUUCAUUAAAUUAAUAUUCUCUCCAUCUCAAAUACAACAUUUGAUUCUGCAAAAGCUAAAAAUGGAGGAGCAAUAGCUAUUCUUGAAAGCAGAUUUAACUAAUCAAGUAUUUAAGAUUGUAAUUUUUAUAAUAAUUCUGCUUAAAGUAGUGGUGGAGCCAUUUAUUUAAAAAUGAGCGACUUGGAAUUUAUCAGAAAUAAAGUGGAAAAUAACACAGCCCUAAUAGGUGGAGGAAUCAGAUAUAUAGGUAUCUAACCUAAAUUUGUAGUAAAAAUAUUAUAAGAUAAAGAAAAUAAAAAAUUAAAUUAAUUUAUUUCUAAUCGAGCUUCUCUUCAUAGUUAAGAUUAUGGUUCUUAUUUAUACUCAGCUACUGUGUAAUCUAAUUUAGUUAUGAUUGAAAUACCAAAAAAAAGAAAUUUAGGAGAAGAAACUUUAGAGCUUGGCUAAAUAAAUUAAUUAGAUUUAGUUAUCAAGGAAUAUGAAAUCCAUGAUUUUUAAAGUGGAGGAACAAUAGAUUUAUCCUUUCAAAUAGUUGACUUAGAAAACAAGCCUAUCAAAUUUGACUUAGAUAAUGUCUAUGAAAAAAAAUACCCUGCAGAAGUGAUAGAUGAGAUAUAACAAGUUUAAGUAAAAGCAACAAUAGAGAAUAAUGAAAUAAAAAUAUAUGGUUAAUACAUCACAAAUUAUUAAUAAUAUGAUAUGACAAAUCUUUAAUUUUCAAUCAAAGAAAUGUAAAUAAUUUCUAUGCCAUAAACCUCAAAUUCUAUAUUCUUGGAAGUUCCUGCUAUUAAAAGAGCUAGCACUUCUAAUUAAAUCUUCUAAAACGGUCCAUUCUACAUCAAGCUUGUUAUCUACUUCAGAAAAUGUGUGCAAGGAGAGAUUUAUACGCCUAGCAGUAAUCUGUUUUUGUGUGGUGAAUGUAAGGUUGGUACUUAUUCGCUUGAAGAACCUAUUAAAGAAAAAUCUGAUUUGCAAAUUUGCAAUAGAUGUCCAAUUGAGGCUGAUCAUUGCUUUAGAAAUGAAAUAAAACUUAAAAAUGGAUAUUGGAGGAUUUCAAACUAGACAGACUCAAUUAUAAAGUGUUCAAAUAACCCACUAAAUUGUGUUGGAGAUGAGGAGAAAGGAUAUUGUAAAAUUGGACAUUAUGGACCUUUAUGCGAAGAAUGCGAUGUAGAAGGUAUAGUUUGGGGGAAAAAAUAUGUAACAGAUGGAAGAUACAAUUGUGUAGAUUGUACAGAAUUAUAAACUGAUUUUAAAUAUUUUCUACCUUCUAUGAUAGUUGGUUUACUGAUGGUAGUUUAUAUGGUUAUAAGUAUAAGGAUAGCAAUAGAUAUAAGUACCCAUAUUAUUGUUGGAUAUUACUUAAGAAAGAUGAAUAUAAUUAGUAUCUCAAAGUCAGCUUUUAUGGAUACGACGAAUAUGAAUAUGAAGGCUAUGAUGAAUUAUAUGCAAAUAGCGUUGCUUGUAAAUACUUUUGAAGUGGAAUUGCCUGAAUUUUUGAAAAUCCUGCCAGAAUAUGUAGGUUAACCAAUAAGUAAUUUUUUGUAUACUUUGGACUGCUUUUUAAAUGAUAUAGCAAAUGAGGAUUUUCCUGUGGUUUACAUCAGAACAAUUUGGAGUUUAGCAAUGCCUUUUUUAUAUAUUUUAGGCAUGGGAAUCAUAUAUUUUUUCUUAAUCUUAUGUAGAUUUACAAAACAUAGUAAACAACACAUAAUAAGUGGUUUGGUUUUCUUGAUAUUCUUCUUCUAGCCGAGCAUGAUUUCUAAUUUGUUAAGGGUAAUGUCUUGCAGAAAAAUAGAUGGUAAGAGAUAUCUCCUCGCAGAUAUUACUUAGAACUGCUAUUCUUAAACUCAUAUUUUAUACAUUUUUUACAUUUGUAUACCUGGAAUAAUUAUGUGGGGUAUAUUGAUACCUUUAAUUAUAUUGAGAAAAUUAUAUUAAAAUAAAAAUAACCUAGAUAAUGCACUAGUAAGAAUACCUUAUGGAUUCUUAUACUAAGAUUAUAAAUACGAUAAAUAUUAUUGGGAGUUUUUGAAGAGUUAUAUGAAAAUUCUAAUUGUUGUUAUCCAUAAUUUUUAUGGUGAUCCUUACAAUAACUAAUUAGUCCUUACUAUCAUAAUAAUGCUCAUAUAUCAAGUUGCAUUAUUAGUUAUGAAGCCUUACUAAAUGAGAUACUUUUAGAAUAUAGAGAAAAGAUCUAUGGAAGUUUUAAUAGUUAUUGUCACUAUGAAUAUAUUCUUAUAUAAUAGGCCUAGUAUUGUUUAGCAGUAAAUAUUUUAUGUAAUAGUCUUAGCAAUUCAUAAUAUUUAUCAGUUAUUCUUAAUUUGGGAAGUAGUAAAAGCUAAAUCCAAAAUCAUUUACAGCUAAAACAAAGAAAAAAUAUAAUAAUUACUAAAAAAAUACUUUCCUUGGUUUGUGAGGGUGAUAUAAAUGAAAGAAAAUAAUUCUAUGAAAGUAUUUAGGAACUGGAAAAGAAUAAGAAAUGAAAUUAUUUUUGCAAAAAAAAAGAAAUAAAAAUUAAUUUAAUAGAAAAAUGCUAAAAUAUAUUUCGAUGAUGAGCUUGAAUAAGAGAGAGAAAAAGUUAAAAAAAUACCAAUAACAAGCUCAUAACUAUCUAUGAGAGCAGAUUUAUCAUCCCACAAAAAUUUGUAAUAUGAUAGUAGUAGUUGCGAUAAUUUAGAUAUGAUUUCUUAAAGAUCAUUUAUUAUGAGAGAUCAUAUAAGCAUUAUAUCGCCUUAAAACUAUUAGAAAGACUAGUAAAACUCUUUUUUAAUAAAAUCACCUAGUUCUCAGAACGAAUCAUUGAUAUCUCCAAAAUAUUAAUUGAGUAGAAAUAAUUCACUUUUUAUUGAUUCAGGCGCUAAAAACAGCUUUAGAAGCUAAUAUGAUGAUAAUACAACCAAGGAUAGAUAGUUUGACAGAUUGUUUGAGGCCCUUAUGCUUCAAAAGAAAUUUUAGUCAUAAAAUGAAACAGUUUAAGGUGAUGAUGAAGAGGAGGAGGAUUUUAAUUAGUUCAGAGAUGAGAGUAUUUAUUAAAACUAAAGAUAAUAUUUAAUUUACAAAAAUCUCUCAAAAGUUCCAACAAUUUUAAUUUAAACGCAGGCUUCAGAAAAUUAGCUUAAAAGCCUUAAAAUAGAGAGUCUUAAUUAAAUUAAUGAGCAAGAAUCUUUGGCAUUAAAAGAUUCGUCUUUACUCUUACCUUAAAAAAAUAUAAAUUCAGUUCAACCAAAAUACUCUAAUUUUUAAGAAAAGCAAAAUAGUUUAUUUAACUAAGAAAGAAUGAAAUCAAGCUAAGAAAAAAUGAACAUAAACUAAUAACAGAAUUCAACUUUGAGACUAAAGAAUGAUAACUCCGAAUUCUGUGAAUCAGUGUGUGAAAGUGAAUCUUAUUCUCCAUUAAAGUUAACGAAUUUUUUACAAUUUAAUUAAUUAAGUUUUUUGAUGGAUAAAAAUUAAAAAUACUUUGAUAAAGAAGAUUAAAACAGUUAAGUUUUCAGCUUUUCAGAUAAAAAAAGCUAAUAAAAUUUAGAUAAUAUUAAUAAAAGCUAAGUAGAGCAAAUUAUCAAUAUUACUGAAAAAUAAAAUGUAGAUUUUAAUUUUUCUUUUGAUAAAAAUAAUUGUAAAACUCCACAAAAGCAUUUAAGAUAUCAUUUAGACUAAGAUAAUCAAUUAGAUAACAAGAAAUAAAUUAUUUAACUGAAAAAUUAAAAUUAGCAUACGAGCUCAGAUAGUUAAUAUGACCUAGAUCAAAGUUAUUCCAUGGAAUAACCUUAGAAGAAUAUAAAUAACAUUUAACUAAAAUAAUUUACUUUUGAUAAAUUUUAAACCUAAGAACAUAAUUAACCUUUGUAUGAAGAGAAAAAUUAAGAAAGUAUUAUGAAAUAAUAGAAUAUUUGCAAAUUAGAAUUAACAGAAUAAGAUAACCACGAAGAAUAUGAUAAAAAAAAAGCUUAAACCGAGGAAGAUUAGAAUGUUGAAGAUUAAGCUAUUAAAAAUUUAAAUUAUAUACGUCAAAAUACUGUUGUUAAAAAUUCCACAAAUAAAAAUGAUAAUUAAAAUACAGAAACAGAUAAAAACGAGGAAUAAAAAAGCAAAAAAUAAACUUAGCUUGACAUGCUAUUUGGAGAUUCUGAAGCACAGCCUAAGUCAUUCCUUAACAAAUUAAAAAAAUAGGUUACUAGUGAAUAUUAUAAUGAGGCGGUAUUUGCGAAUCAUGAUUGGAUUAAUUCUAGUAAUUCAAUAAAUACGUUUAAAAAUGAUAAUAGAUUUGAUGUAUACACUCUCAAAAAUAAUCUCGCCUCUAAUGUGGUUGCUAAGAAUAUCUAAACAGAUCCUGACUCAGCAAUUUAAUAAUAAGAUUAUUCUAGCUCUAGAAUAUAAGAAAUAAGCUCAGAUUCUGAUGGAAAUAGAGUAAUACUGACGUUUUGUCCUUAGGAUUAAAAAGAUGUUGCUGAAAACUCUAUUUAAUCUUAGUCAUUAAACAAUUAAAAAACUAAUGAGAAUAUCUGA